AUGUCCAUAGCAUAAAGUAUGGAGCCAAACUCGGUUUUGGAAGGUCAAAACUUUAAUUAAUACAAAUCAGGUGUUCCUAAGUGGUAUUGGCUAUUGGGGCUUUGCAUCGUGAAUAUCAAAUAUAAUUUCAACUUAUCAAAUUUUUUUUCCACUAUAUAAUGGAGUGAAGCUCCAUUUACUACCCUUGUAUGUAGAGAGGCUAACCCUCAAACUCUUAGCAACCAAGUCCAUUUUUUCUGGUUUCAGCUAUAGUUUUUGCAAUGACAUUGUUCAUUUUCAAUCUCUGUUUGGCUUUUCUAUUUGCUGCUUCAGCUUUUGCCAAGCCAGAAGUUUACAUCCAAAAUGGCAACUUUGAGGAGAAGCCAGACCCAAGAUUCCUGAAGAAAACAAGAAUCAUUGGGAAAUAUUCAUUGCCAAAAUGGGAGAUCAAUGGUUUUGUUGAGUAUAUCAAUGGUGGACCACAACCUGGAGGAAUGUACUUUCCAGUGACACAUGGAGAGCAUGCUGUGAGGCUUGGCAAUGAAGCCUCAAUAUCCCAAACCAUCAAAGUCAUACCUGGUCACUGGUAUGCUCUAAUACUAGGAGCCUCAAGGACUUGUGCUCAAGAUGAAGUUUUGAGAAUCUCAGUGCCUCCACAUAAGGGUGAUGUUCCUCUUCAGACACUUUAUAGCCUCAAUGGUGAUGUUAUAGCUUGGGGAUUCAAGGCCGCUUCUAAUUUCACCAAAGUGACAUUCCUCAACCCCGGAGUUCAAGAAGACCCUGCUUGUGGUCCUCUCUUGGAUGCUGUUGCCAUCAGAGAGUUCAUCCCUCCAAAGCCUACAAGAACUAAUUUGGUGAAAAAUCCUGGGUUUGAGGAGGGUCCAUUCCCAAUUUUCAAAUCAAACAAUGGAGUUUUACUUCCACCUAUGCAGCAAGAUUAUAUGUCUCCACUCCCUGGUUGGAUUAUCGAAUCUCUCAAAGCCAUAAAGUUCAUUGAUUCGAAGCAUUUUAAUGUCCCAUAUGGGAAGGCAGCGGUGGAGCUAGUUGCAGGAAGGGAAGGUGCCAUUGCUCAAAUCAUCAGAACAGUUCCAAACAAAGUCUACAAGAUGGUGUUUACAGUUGGCGACGCAAGGAAUGGAUGUCAUGGAUCAAUGAUGGUUGAGGCUUUUGCCGCGAAAGAGAAACUUCAAGUUCAAUUCACUUCUAAAGGAAAUGGUAAAUUCAAGACUGCAAGUUUCAAGUUCAAGGCAAUUGCAAACAGAACCAGAAUAACAUUCUACAGCUCUUUCUAUCAUACAAGAAUUAAUGACUAUGGUUCUCUUUGUGGCCCUGUUCUUGAUCAAGUCAUGGUGUACCCUGUCGCCUAAAGCAUUUAACCCUAUAAUCCUAGCCAGUGAGAUUUCUGUGUUGUACAAGUUGUGUGAUGAUGAAUAUAAUAUAUAUUCUCUAGUUCCCAAAACUAUUCAAUCUUCUACGUUCAUCAUACACUUGAAAGAUGGCAUGCAUUGUAUUGCAAGUUGAGUUGCAUAACCCUGUUCACAAGUAUAAUUUAUAUUAAAUGUAACUUUUUAUUUUAUUCUCUCCGAUCAAUAUUCAUCUUUUCAAUGAUGAAGGUAAUAAAUAUGUAAUCACCUAAAGUAUGGCUUCCUAUACAACAAAUACAUGAAGUUCUGGACUGAAUUCUUUAAUGUUUCAAGUAAUUUUGUGAAGAACUAUUACCAGAGUUUUGUUAACCCCCUCAUUCUUGUGUAACCUAUGUAACAAGAAAGAAAGCAGCUAAUUAGGAUUAUUUUCACAAAAGAAUGUGAGAAAAACUUAACAAGACAGGGAAAAAUUGAACAGAAUGAUACAGCAACAUGAAUAAUUUUGUGGAGCAAUAAGCUUGUCACUGUUAAUUGAAGAAUGAUGCUUAGACAUUUAGCUUAGUUUCACACCAGCAUUAAAAUUUCUGAACCUUUUAAGGUUCAAUAGUGGUCUCAUUUCACCUAAUUGAAAUUGUCGUCUCUCAAUCCAUUUAGGAAUGAGAGAUGCAGAAGAAGCAAUUUCACAUACAACAGUAGCCUUCACCAAUUUAUAGGAUUGCAGACAUGGAGUAGAUCUACUAUGAACUAGACUUCAACUACAUCAAAGCAUAACAAUAACAAUAAAAGAUAGCAGUAUUGAGGGAAAAAAAAAACACUUCUUUUCAGCUCAGUUGAAUUGUUUCCAUUGAAACAAGAUCAAGUAAUUACAAUUGCAAUCACAGUUACAAAGAAGGCGAAUUGCACCCAAGUUAUGACAAAUAUUCAACUGGGUCAAUUUCAAAAGGUCCUAUUAGCCUAUUAUCCUACACCCCAUUAGUCACCUCAUUCAAAGACUCUAUCUUUCCACCUUAUGCUCCCAUAAUCCUUGAUUCUAACCUCAGUCACCACAAACCCAUUUGCACAAACACCCCAAUUGAAGUGAUGAGCCAUCUUCAUCCAGAUCCUCAAUACUUGGAAGAAUCCUCCUUGUGACUUGAGAUUCCUCUGCUGCAGCCUCAUCAUAUAUACACUGACCCUCCUGUUUGGUAACUCUUCAAAACACAGAACACAAGCUACAUAGUACCAUGCCACGAGA